UAAAUUGGUAUAAUUAUCUUUUAUGCUUAAAUUAAUAUGCGCGCGUAUAUUACGAUAAUAUGAAAUAAAAUCCUGCCCGUGGUAACUUGGAUUUGCACAAUUCUGCAGUACCGUUUGCGUUAACUCGAGCUUGCGCAUUAACAACAGAUAAAGUAACAUCGAUUCGAUUUUUUAAGUUUACAAGGUGUAAGACAACCAUUGAUUUUCUUUACACCAUCGGUAACUUACCGAUAAUUCCAAGAAACAUAAUUUUAUUAAUUUACUGCUUGCCGGUAAGUAGUCUUACUGAUAAUGUUUCCAGAAAAAACGCGCCAAAAUAUAAAAUUUAAAGAGAUAAACCAGCUUACUUUCAAAAGUAAGCAUUUAUUUGAGAAAAUUUGGUUAUUGAUUCCUGAGAAUUAGGUGUAAUGAGUAGCUGUGCUUGAGUGCUGUGGAGAGUGCAUGUAUUCUAACCUAAAAUAAGUGCACUCUUAAAUUCGUUUAUUUUGUAUAUAAUUAUAUUCGACAUGUCAAUAAACAUGUUAAAGUGUAUGAGAUUGUGUAUAAAUAAUCUGAAACCACAAACUGCAACACUUCUAUGUAAUCAAAAUGAUAUAAUGAUGCAGCAAAGUCGGAACACAUUUGUUUUGAAAAGGAGAUUUCCAGUACCAUUGAUGAAGAAAUAUCAAACUCGACCUGUUCUCAAACAUAAAUACUUUAUUUAUGAACUUGUAGAAUAUAAAAAUUGUAAAAAACAUCCACAAGUCGAUCUAAUUUUAUUAGAUAACGUAAGAAAUGUUGGAGAAAAAGGUGAAAUAAUUACAUUAACAAGUUUAAGAGCUUAUAACCAGUUUCUAUUACCUAAGUUGGCUGUGUAUGCAACACCUGAAAAUAUUAAGAAAUAUGCUAUUGAAGAUGUUGACAGGAAAAAAUUCCGUGCAUCCACUUCUCCAUUUGUGGAAAAAACAUUAAUGGAAUUAUCUCGAUGUUAUUUAAGUGUAAAAAUGAAUAUGGAAGAACCAUGGACCAUAGAAAAAUGGCAUAUAAGUGCAUGUUUUCGUCUAGCAGGUUACAUGGUACCCCAACAUGCAAUAACCCUUCCUGAAAAAGCUAUAUCUGGUCCUAACUUGUCUAUUGAGAAUAAAGAAUUUUAUGUAGUUGUUAAAAUCAAUAAUUCUGAUGAAACUAAAGUCAGAUGUAGACUACAUCACUAUUCUGCUGAUCCAUUUAAAAUUAUUUAUUAUGAUGUACCAUAUUGGCAAACACCUAGCAUAGCAAUUUUCCCAGAAGAUCAAGAGGUUUUAAAUACCCUUCCAAAACAUCCUUCGCUUAGAAAAACCUCAUCAACAGAAUAAAUAAAUGUAUUAUCAUAAAUAAACUCUGAUAUGCAUAAAACAAA